ACCCACUCUCCUCCUCCACUCACAGAAACUCAAAAUCUCCCUCCUCCCACUUUGGGAAAGCAAAGGGGAAAACCCUAGCCGCCGCCGCCGCCGCCGCCCACUGGCCAUGGCAGCAGCUCGUCUGGCCUCCACGGUGCUCGCCGGGAGGAGGAGGGCGGCCUCCGUCGUCAUCGCUGCCGGCCCACGCUACGGCGGCGGCGGCGGCGGCGUCCACGUGCACCCGUGGGCGGCCUUCCCCUCCCCGACCGCCACCACGCGCCACGCCGUCGUCGCUGCCGGCGGUGGCGUCCCCUGCCUGCUCCCGAGGGCGGCCUUCCCCUCCCCGACGCUGCCGCCCAAGCCACGGGCCUUCUCCUCAUCAGGCAGCCUGGGUCGCCGGGAUGGUGGUGCACCCAGAGGCGGGAGCUUCCUCGGAUGGACCAAAACCGUCGACUUGGAUCUCUCCCGGAUCCUCACCAACAUGGAGAUGCUCGUCAAGACCACCGGCUCGCACAAGGCCCUCCUCGAAGAAUACGCUCAAACACUUGAGAAGCUAACCAUAGCGGUGGAGAAAAAUGAGAGGAGCAAGGGCAGCCUAGCAACAACUUCCUUAUUUCUCAUGGCUUCAGUGGUCACUAUUUCUUUUGGUGUCUACUUUUUUGGGGUUUUCACUGGGCGAGUAGAUGUUAAUGGGUUUCUCAAGGGUUUCAUCAUCGAUUUCCUUGAUGAUCCUACCAUUUCCGUCAAAAUGCACGAUUACGUUGAUGAUUUGGCCGGCAGUGCAGUGGAGUCCAUUAACCCAAUCAAAAGAUUUGUCCACUGGUUGUCUGGACAACCCAGGCCUGCUCAUUAUCAGAAGCUCAAUGAGGAAGUCCUUAACUAUUAUACCGACUGGUCAUCUAUCCUUGCAUUUGCCGUCAACUCCAUUGCCAAAUCAGAAGGGGGCAAAAUAUCUGAAAAGGCUUUGUGGCGCUUUUUGAUCAAUGUGGGGGUGCAGGAAACUAAACUGAACAAGGCAUUGCUGAAAGUACUAGUGAGAGAGAGGUUCAUUUUGAGACAAGAGUACAAAGGCGUCAUCAGUUACAAGAUGGUGGAGAAUGAAUACAAAACCAAUUUCAAGGGCAAAAUUCAGGAGAGGAUUCGGCCUAUCCUGAAAAGUGAGUUUGUGAUGCCAGCUGCUGCACGUGGUCCAAAAUCUAAGCCCAGCCAUUAAGAUGUACCAAAAGAAGAAUGAGGCUCAUCGUGCACAUUGGGUUAAGAAGUUCCUAGAAUAGCAUAACCUGAGAUCAUCUAACUAUUUAGCUAACCAUUAAGGAGAGGUGACAGUGGACACCAUAUUUUGUAUUUAAUGAUGGUUAAGGUGGUAGUGGACACCAUUUGUUUUUUUGUAGGCUAAAGCUAAGUGCUGCUUAAUUGGUAGUGGACACCAUAUGUUCUUUUGGUAGGAUAUAUUUGGCUAUGUGAUGGUUAAGGCGGUAGUGGGACACCAAAUUAUGUAUAUUUGGCUAUGUGAUGGUUAAGGGUGGUAGUGAACACCAUAUUAUUGUUGCAUGAUCUUUACCUUAUGAUAAAUUUCAUCCUUUUGCACUUGCUUUACCCUUGUUCA